CAAAUAUCUGAAUCUGCAGUCUGCAACUGUAUACUCUUGUCAUUGUUUCAGCGAACGCGUAAUUAACUUAUCUCCACCUCUCCAAUCAGUCGGAGUGAGUGACUCCUGAGUCUAUUCGCAGCUGCUUGACUAUCCCUCCACUCCGGAUUUGGCAAAGAAGGGAACAGCUGCUGUAACGUUUUAACAAUUUUGGAGAACGCGACCCGGGACAUGCUGUCAGACGGAGGGGAAUCGGUACACCACCCGCGCCAGUAGAAUCAUGGCCGAGGACUACUGGGAGAGCGCACUGGCUUUGGGAUAUUAUUGUUAAGAUUACAAGGGCAUAGAGGAUCCCGCGUCCUAGGGCAGGCUGAUUGAACAGUGGCUGCCCCUCCUCCCUCUGCAUCACGCCCCCCCCUGCCGCCGCUGAUGGACCGCAUGAGGAAGAUCAAACGGCAGCUGUCCCUGACACUGAGGGGGGGCAACAGCAGCGACAAGUCCCUGAGCGAGACCAUCAGCUCCCAGGACAACGCACACAGCGACUCCGAGGCCAUGCCAGUGCGGGGCAGUGGUGGUGGUGGCGGCGGCGGGGGUGUUGGCAGUGGGGGCGUUGGCGGGGGGAGCGUUGGCGGCCUGCGGGGCUCCGGGCGCUCGGCCGGCGGCUCCCUCAGCAUGCACUCACUACUGCAGUCGUACAGCAGCGCCCUGCGCAGGCCGCGCAGCCUGGGCCGCAGCCUCAGCUCCUAUCUCAACCACGCCACGCGCCUCGAGAUCGUCCAUGAGGACGUGAAGAUUGGCUCUGACGGAGAGAGCGACCAGGUCUCGGCCACCUCAUCGGAUGAGGUGCACAGUCCAGUGCGAGUCCGGCUCCGGGAGAAACCGGGCCGCAAAAUCUCCAACGAGGACGUAAAUAAGCGUCUGUCGUUGCCGGCAGACAUCAGGCUUCCCGAUGGCUACCUGGAGAAGUUCAGCCUGAACAGUCCGCUGUUUGACAAGCCCCUGAGCCGACGGCUCCGAAGAGUGUCUCUGUCUGAAAUUGGCUUUGGGAAGCUGGAGACCUACGUCAAGCUGGAUAAACUUGGAGAGGGCACAUACGCCACUGUGUAUAAGGGCCGCAGCAAGCUGACGGAUAACCUGGUGGCUCUGAAGGAAAUCCGACUGGAGCACGAAGAGGGGGCACCCUGCACUGCCAUCCGAGAGGUGUCUCUUCUGAAGGACCUCAAACACGCCAACAUAGUGACUCUGCAUGACAUCAUCCACACUCAGAAGUCCCUGACGCUGGUGUUUGAGUACCUGGACAAGGACCUGAAGCAGUAUCUGGAUGACUGUGGUAACUGCAUCCACAUGCACAAUGUGAAGCUCUUCCUCUUCCAGCUCCUGCGUGGGCUGAACUACUGCCACAGGCGUAAAGUCCUCCACCGAGACCUCAAACCCCAGAACCUGCUCAUCAACGAGCGUGGGGAGCUGAAGCUGGCUGACUUUGGCCUGGCGCGGGCCAAGUCCAUUCCCACCAAGACCUACUCCAAUGAGGUGGUGACUCUGUGGUACCGUCCGCCAGACAUCCUGCUGGGGAGCACCGACUACUCAACCCAGAUAGACAUGUGGGGUGUGGGCUGUAUUUUCUAUGAGAUGUCCACGGGCCGGCCGCUGUUUCCAGGCUCCACGGUGGAGGAGGAGCUGCACUUUAUCUUCAAACUGCUAGGUACGCCCACAGAGGAGACUUGGCCUGGAAUCACCUCCAAUGAAGAGUUCAUCUCGUAUAAUUACCCCCGUUACCGUGCCGACUGUCUUCACAACCACACGCCCAGACUGUGCAAUGAAGGAGUGGAUCUUUUAUCCAAGCUGCUGCAGUUUGAGGGGAGGAAGCGCAUCUCUGCUGAGGAGGCCAUGAGGCAGCCGUACUUCCACAGCCUGGGAAACAGAGUGAUCACACUGCCUGACUCUACAUCUAUAUUUGCACUUCAAGACAUUCAGCUGGAGAAGGAGCCAGGAAUGCGAACCAACUCCCUGUCAGACUCAGUGAACAGCAUAUCUCGGCGGCAGAGUCUGCUCUUCUGAGCGUGGGGAGCUGGUCAGAGAUGGGACGCCCGUGUGGAAAGGACGAGCCGAGACAUUUCCACGUGUGAUGUGAUGAAGGGAUUCUAAUUUAACUUUAUCUUUGUUUUUUUUUUUUUUUGAUUUUCUGACUAAUUAUCUGGUCCUGUGGCAUUUUAGUGUGGACGGGGUCACUAGAUGUUUACAUUUGAAAUGCUGACAUUGAUUUUUCUUUUUCUUUAAUAUAAUAUGCACUUCUUUUCCUAACCGAGGUUUACCACUCCAGUCAGGCUGUCAUUGCUGUCCAUUUGUCUGGACAUUGUUGGACAAGGAAGGACUUUUACAACUCCUUCAAAUGUUACAGUUCUCGACGUUACAGUUCUCGCAUCAUAAAUUCUGUCAUCACAAAUUUUACAGGCCCAGAUAUGAACACUAGAAUUUAGAGGGGAAAAGGGUUGUUUAGAUUAACCACAAAGAACAAAUAACACAAAGUAUUUAGCAAUACCUCUGACAAUAGAGUAUGUAUUUUUUCCCUAUAAUCAGUAAUUAUUAUAAUGAAGGAAAAAACAUUUUGUGUAUCAUAUGGGCACUGAAAUCUGAGAGCAGGUGCUGUUGAAUGUCAUUUUGUAUUAAGAUGAAGCUGGGGGACACCUCAUAUCAGUCUUCCACUGUCCUUUUGCUGGUUUGACAGUCAUUUACACCCCCACCCCCACCACCCCUCCUGGGCCAGAGUGCACCUGCGUCUUGCACAGCACCACCUGGAUGCUAUUUUGUAAUAGAAUCUUUCUGUUUUGUCAUCUACCUUCCAAGUUUACAAUUUUACAUCACUUUCUAUGUAAAGCUCAACAGAACUCUGUUGGUCUGUCUCACAGUAUGUACUUAUCGCCUGCAUUGUUUUGAUGGAUUUUUGGGUUUUACUCACUCUGUUCACCAUUUGUUUUCUUUCCUUUUGGUUCGUCGUUUUGGAGUCAGUUUAAAUGCAGCGCAUGGUCUAUCUAUAGACACACACACACACACCCCUUCUCUUCGCUGUGCUGACUCCAACAGUACUUGCAGGUGUCUAUGUGUUGAGCUUACGCCAUGCACUUCAUAGCACCCACAGCAAUAGCCUGCGUCAGCGUCCAGAAUCUUUAGCGGUACAGGGAGUCAGUUGAGGACUGUUUAGGCGGGAGCAGUAGAGGGGUCGGGGCCGGUUCGUAGUAUUCUGUUCCGGCCCUGUCUGUGAUCAUUUCAGUUCAGGUGGUGUAACUUGUGGAGGGGGAUGUUCUGUCUCAGGACGUACCAACCCAUGUGCACUAUGCCUGGAGUCAGCAGGAUAGGUUUGCGUCCAACUGACCCCCUAUUGGUCUAAUAACAGAUCAACCGUUUAAAAGAAACCAAAGUCAAAAAGCUUCAAUACUGUUGUUGUCCCUGAGCUGCCCUUGAUAUCAGUGCUCAACACUGUUGUCCAAGACCCCCUUGAUUACUACUUGAUAGAGAAAGAUACUGUUCUUAUUUGUAACUUCCUUAUGUUUUUAGACAGUUUUAUAUACAGGUGGUCAUUUUCAGUGACUGACGAUUCUAGCAAUUCUAUGGAGUCCCUUGAACCUGUGUUUAGUUUGGUGCGAAUUGUGACCCCAUCCGAUGACGUGAUUAGUUUGUGUGUGUCUGCGUGUGUGUGUGUGUGUGUGUGUGUGUGUGUGUGUGUGUACGUACGUAUGUGUAUGUCAACGAGGGAAAUGUGAAAGUGCAUGGCGGUGUUCUAUGGUGGCAGACUGGUACGUUGUAAAUAGCCUUUAGAAUGUUUUUUUGCAGAACAGAAAAGAAUACUGUGCAAUGAGAGGAACCUCUUUAUCGAUUAUGUAUUUUUUUAAAAAAAUAAGGAUAUCAUUUUUGUUAUAGUCAUAUCAUUGAUGAUGUUGUGUUCUUAUUUUUUAAACAGAAAAAUAAUAAUUGUUACUUCUUUUAGGAAUCCUUAACAGGUGUAGAUAUUUGGAAUUUUUUCCUUUUUUAUUUUGAUAGUCUUUCUUCCAGUGGUGAAAGUGGCUGUACUAGUAAUGUAAGCUUUCAUCAGGAGUUCUGCAUUGGAAAGCAUUGUCAUGGAAGGGCUCAUAAACUGGCCAAUGGCAGUUGUGGGGAUAGCCUCCCCUCCCCUCCCGUCCUGUUCUGUAUUGCAAUAACUGUUGAACGACGCAAUAACCAGUCCUUUGAACCAGAACCUUCCCAAGAUUUGCAGUGAACCUAAGGCUUUCAUACACUAAAAUAACACUAGGUCCCAGACAAUUGGACCCUAUACACAGACCGAAUGAAUGAAUGCAGCCAGCAGCACACAAAAAACUGAAUUCCUUCAGUCUUUUUUAAUAUACAUAUUGAGCAGUCCAUUUUGCAUUUGAUUUGGAAAGGUAUUGAUGGGGUUUUUUGUAACUGACAAGAGAUGUUAUUCUGAGCCAAUACAAGGUAAAUUCCUGAAGCUUUCAAUAUGGAUAAAAUGGGUUUGUUUCUUUUGUGCAGUGAGAUAAAGGGGCAGCCUUUUUAGUAUGACACAUAGUCAGUAUUAUUUGAGGUUCAUCUUGUUCAUGUCAAAGGAAUCUGAAAGUGACUGAUGUGGGCUUGAAAUGACGUCUGUUCAGUUGCCUCUUGCUUUUCACGUAGCUCUGUAAUAUCCCAAUGGCAUUGUGUGUGUGUGUGUGUGUGUGUGUGAGAGAGAGAGAGAGAGAGAGAGACUACAUAAGAAGGGAGAUGUGCAUGGAUAUAUUGUGUAAAUUUGCAAACUCUGUACAUAUGUAUAGUUUCAGAAAUGGUACUCACACACAUAGCAAAGCAAUAUCUGAUGUACAAGCACAUUUCACUUUGGGCAGUUCUUCAGAGGCUGACGCCUUUCUCAGUCGGCCAUCCAGGCUUCUCUUCCUGCCAUUCAUGUGAAGGACACUCAACACAACUUCUGAAGCCAGAUUUUCUCUUUCUGUCAGAUAAAAGGCAUUUGCUCAGGAUGAACCUGUGGGGUUAUCUUUGGUACCUAUAAACACUGACAAAAAAAGUUCAUUUUGGAGAGAAUUCUGAAUAACUGCAAGAGCUAAUCCGAUGUUUUUUAUGGCAAUAGAUCAUCAUAUCCACCAAAGCAAGUUUUAUUUCUUCUAAGCGAGAGCACUGAUUUAAGCGAAAGAACUGUUUAGUGUGAGGGAUAAUUGUUGCGUGAUGGCUGUUAAGAAAAGGCUACAAUAAUCAUGACUUGACUGACUGUUGUACAAACUGAUGUGGCUGCACUGAAUCUCACAGAACUCGCCAUCACAAUAUCACCACCCAGAAAUAAUUGUAAAAAAUACGUUCAAAGGCAUAUGUACACCUACACAGCUGGAAAUACUAUGUUUGUAUGGUUGGCAUGAAUCAGGAUAAAUGUGAAAACCAAUUUCAGGCAAUACAAUCGUUGGCCAAAA